AUGAGACCUCAUGACGGGGACAAUUUCAAUAGCGCUAGUGUCUCGGAGUUGAUUUCGAUCAAUAUUCGAAAAUUUUGCUACCCGACCCGCCGUCGCAGCGCUAGUGUUCUCCGAUACGAAACAUUACGCAACAUCGAUACGAAACGUUGCGCUUCUCCGUUACAAAACGUUACGGAACGUUACGAAACGUUACGCAACAUCGAUACGAAACGUUGCGCUUCUCCGUUACGAAACGUUACGCAACAUCGAUACGAAACGUUGCGCUUCUCCGUUACGAAACGUUACGCAACAUCGAUACGAAACGUUGCGCUUCUCCGUUACGAAACGUUACGAAACGUUACGCAUCUCCGAUACGAAACGUUACAAAACGUUACGAAACGUUACGCAUCUCCGAUACGAAACGUUACGAAACGUUACGAAACGUUACGAAACAUCCGUAGUGUUCAGCGCUAG